AUGACGGGAGUUUAUGUGUUGGAUGAAAUUAGUCAUCCAACAUUGCAUUGUUCCACGAUAUAUGACACUGUCUACACAACAUUGUAUCGUGCCCCUACAUAUGGAACUAUCUACACAGCAUUUGAUAGUGUCCCAAUAUAUAACACUGUCUACACAACAUUGUAUCGUGCCCCUACAUAUGGAACCAUCUACACAGCAUUUGAUAGUGUCCCAAUAUAUGACACUGUCUACACAACAUUGUAUCGUGCCCCUACAUAUGGAACUAUCUACACAGCAUUUGAUAGUGUCCCAAUAUAUGACACUGUCUACACAACAUUGUAUCGUGCCCCUACAUAUGGAACUAUCUACACAGCAUUUGAUAGUGUGCCAAUAUAUGACACUGUCUACACAACAUUGUAUCGUGCCCCUACAUAUGGAACUAUCUACACAGCAUUUGAUAGUGUCCCAAUAUAUGACACUGUCUACACAGCAUUGUAUCGUGCCCCUACAUAUGGAACUAUCUACACAGCAUUUGAUAGUGUCCCAAUAUAUGACACUGUCUACACAACAUUGUAUCGUGCCCCUACAUAUGGAACUAUCUACACAGCAUUUGAUAGUGUCCCAAUAUAUAACACUGUCUACACAACAUUGUAUCGUGCCCCUACAUAUGGAACCAUCUACACAGCAUUUGAUAGUGUCCCAAUAUAUGACACUGUCUACACAACAUUGUAUCGUGCCCCUACAUAUGGAACUAUCUACACAGCAUUUGAUAGUGUCCCAAUAUAUAACACUGUCUACACAACAUUGUAUCGUGCCCCUACAUAUGGAACUAUCUACACAGCAUUUGAUAGUGUCCCAAUAUAUGACACUGUCUACACAACAUUGUAUCGUGCCCCUAUGUAUGGAACUAUCUACACAGCAUUUGAUAGUGUCCCAAUAUAUAACACUGUCUACACAACAUUGUAUCGUGCUUCUACAUAUGGAACUAUCUACACAGCAUUUGAUAGUGUCCCAAUAUAUGACACUGUCUACACAACAUUGUAUCGUGCCCCUACAUAUGGAACUAUCUACACAGCAUUUGAUAGUGUCCCAAUAUAUGACACUGUCUACACAACAUUGUAUCGUGCCCCUAUGUAUGGAACUAUCUACACAGCAUUUGAUAGUGUCCCAAUAUAUGACACUGUCUACACAACAUUGUAUCGUGCCCCUACAUAUGGAACUAUCUACACAGCAUUUGAUAGUGUCCCAAUAUAUAACACUGUCUACACAACAUUGUAUCGUGCCCCUACAUAUGGAACUAUCUACACAGCAUUUGAUAGUGUGCCAAUAUAUGACACUGUCUACACAACAUUGUAUCGUGCCCCUAUGUAUGGAACUAUCUACACAGCAUUUGAUAGUGUCCCAAUAUAUAACACUGUCUACACAACAUUGUAUCGUGCCCCUACAUAUGGAACUAUCUACACAGCAUUUGAUAGUGUCCCAAUAUAUGACACUGUCUACACAACAUUGUAUCGUGCCCUUACAUAUGGAACUAUCUACACAGCAUUUGAUAGUGUCCCAAUAUAUGACACUGUCUACACAACAUUGUAUCGUGCCCCUAUGUAUGGAACUAUCUACACAGCAUUUGAUAGUGUCCCAAUAUAUGACACUGUCUACACAACAUUGUAUCGUGCCCCUACAUAUGGAACUAUCUACACAGCAUUUGAUAGUGUCCCAAUAUAUAACACUGUCUACACAACAUUGUAUCGUGCCCCUACAUAUGGAACUAUCUACACAGCAUUUGAUAGUGUGCCAAUAUAUGACACUGUCUACACAACAUUGUAUCGUGCCCCUAUGUAUGGAACUAUCUACACAGCAUUUGAUAGUGUCCCAAUAUAUAACACUGUCUACACAACAUUGUAUCGUGCCCCUACAUAUGGAACUAUAUACACAGCAUUUGAUAGUGUCCCAAUAUAUAACACUGUCUACACAACAUUGUAUCGUGCCCCUACAUAUGGAACUAUCUACACAGCAUUUGAUAGUGUCCCAAUAUAUGACACUGUCUACACAACAUUGUAUCGUGCCCCUAUGUAUGGAACUAUCUACACAGCAUUUGAUAGUGUCCCAAUAUAUGACACUGUCUACACAACAUUGUAUCGUGCCCCUACAUAUGGAACUAUCUACACAGCAUUUGAUAGUGUCCCAAUAUAUAACACUGUCUACACAACAUUGUAUCGUGCCCCUACAUAUGGAACUAUCUACACAGCAUUUGAUAGUGUCCCAAUAUAUGACACUGUCUACACAACAUUGUAUCGUGCCCCUAUGUAUGGAACUAUCUACACAGCAUUUGAUAGUGUCCCAAUAUAUAACACUGUCUACACAACAUUGUAUCGUGCCCCUACAUAUGGAACUAUCUACACAGCAUUUGAUAGUGUCCCAAUAUAUGACACUGUCUACACAACAUUGUAUCGUGCCCCUACAUAUGGAACUAUCUACACAGCAUUUGAUAGUGUCCCAAUAUAUGACACUGUCUACACAACAUUGUAUCGUGCCCCUAUGUAUGGAACUAUCUACACAGCAUUUGAUAGUGUCCCAAUAUAUGACACUGUCUACACAACAUUGUAUCGUGCCCCUACAUAUGGAACUAUCUACACAGCAUUUGAUAGUGUCCCAAUAUAUAACACUGUCUACACAACAUUGUAUCGUGCCCCUACAUAUGGAACUAUCUACACAGCAUUUGAUAGUGUGCCAAUAUAUGACACUGUCUACACAACAUUGUAUCGUGCCCCUAUGUAUGGAACUAUCUACACAGCAUUUGAUAGUGUCCCAAUAUAUAACACUGUCUACACAACAUUGUAUCGUGCCCCUACAUAUGGAACUAUCUACACAGCAUUUGAUAGUGUCCCAAUAUAUAACACUGUCUACACAACAUUGUAUCGUGCCCCUACAUAUGGAACUAUCUACACAGCAUUUGAUAGUGUCCCAAUAUAUGACACUGUCUACACAACAUUGUAUCGUGCCCCUACAUAUGGAACUAUCUACACAGCAUUUGAUAGUGUCCCAAUAUAUAACACUGUCUACACAACAUUGUAUCGUGCCCCUACAUAUGGAACUAUCUACACAGCAUUUGAUAGUGUCCCAAUAUAUGACACUGUCUACACAACAUUGUAUCGUGCCCCUAUGUAUGGAACUAUCUACACAGCAUUUGAUAGUGUCCCAAUAUAUAACACUGUCUACACAACAUUGUAUCGUGCCCCUACAUAUGGAACUAUCUACACAGCAUUUGAUAGUGUCCCAAUAUAUAACACUGUCUACACAACAUUGUAUCGUGCCCCUACAUAUGGAACUAUCUACACAGCAUUUGAUAGUGUCCCAAUAUAUGACACUGUCUACACAACAUUGUAUCGUGCCCCUAUGUAUGGAACUAUCUACACAGCAUUUGAUAGUGUCCCAAUAUAUGACACUGUCUACACAACAUUGCAUCGUGCCCCUACAUAUGGAACUAUCUACACAGCAUUUGAUAGUGUCCCAAUAUAUAACACUGUCUACACAACAUUGUAUCGUGCCCCUACAUAUGGAACUAUCUACACAGCAUUUGAUAGUGUCCCAAUAUAUGACACUGUCUACACAACAUUGUAUCGUGCCCCUAUGUAUGGAACAAUCCACCCAGCAUUGCAUAGUGUCCCUAUAUUUGAAACCAUUGUGCCACUCUUAAUCCCAAAUGAGAUGUACCACAAUUAA